UGCGUUGUCUGCUAAUGUUGACUAUUAGAACUUGGAUAUUGGAUUUAUUUCUUUCUGCAGUGGACAUUGCCUAAAAAGAUUCCAUAACUUCGUAUUUUGCUUGAGAUUUACGUAUCAUUUUAACUUAUUAAACCUGUUUUUCACCAAUCUUUUUGAGGUUUCACUCUCGAGAGCUUCAACAUGUCAGCACUAUUUGUCAGGUUACCUCAAACAGCCUUUAGAAUAAAUCUUCACCGAGUUAUUAUUCCUUGCCAACAAAAAUGCACUAGCCAAUGGCUGUCAUCGCGUUUGCGACCUGGAGAUGUUCGGCGUGUUAGCUUCACAUACUACUCAACAGGGCCGUUAACGAGGCCGAUCUUCAGGCGAAGCGUGUCAUCUUCAGCUGGCGAAUCGAACGAUGUUAAAGCUACCGCCGCGUCGGCGAUGGCGGCCACCACCGCGUUUAAAGGUGCUAAAAGCUCGCGGUGGCGUCGCUUCGUGUUGAAACCUUUCGUCUUCGUCCAGUUCUUCUUCGGCAUUGGAUUGCUGGCUAUCGCCUUGAAACAGUUUCGGCGCAAAAACACUCAUCCAGCGCAAUCGCCAGAGCUUAUCGCCAAAGAUUGGGAGAUCCUCUACUAUCGCAUCAUCCCCUUCCGUGCCAUAUCUCGCGCAUGGGGUUGGUUAACCAACUGUCAUUUACCGGUUUGGGCGCGACGGCCGCUUUUGGGUCUGUACGCCCGUACGUUUAAUUGCAACCUGGAAGAAGCGAAGGAUGGUAAUCUAGAUAAUUAUUCAUGUCUGGCUGAGUUCUUUAGAAGGAAACUUAAGAACGGAGUCAGACCCAUUGAUUCGGCAAGUGCGGUAGUAGCGCCUUCAGAUGGAACCGUGUUGAACUUUGGACGUGUCACAGCUGGCAUGAUGGAGCAGGUCAAGGGCGUGAGCUACUCGUUGGGUGAGUUUCUCGGUCCGGCAUACUGGCGAAAUGGACCUGAAGUCCAGCCCGCCGGCCAGACAGAAUUGGAAUACGAAAAGUCGCUUCUCGUCAACAAGGACAAUGACUUAUUCCACUGCGUUAUCUACUUGGCUCCAGGCGAUUAUCAUUGCUUCCAUUCACCGGUGGAUUGGACAGUCAAUUUUCGGCGACAUUUUCCAGGUGCUUUACUCAGCGUGAAUCCGAGCAUAGCCAAAUGGGUGGCGGGCCUGUUCAGCCUGAACGAAAGAGCCGUUUAUGUUGGCCGAUGGAAACACGGUUUCUUUUCGAUGACGCCCGUCGGCGCCACCAACGUCGGUUCAAUCCGCGUCUACGCCGACGAGAAGCUGAGAACCAACUGCACAAAAUGGGCCUUACCUUUGCCUUACUACGACCGAUACAUGGGCCCCACCGAAACCGAUUCGGAUGAGAUUCCGCUCCACAAAGGCGAAAUUUUUGGCGAGUUCAAUCUCGGCUCGACGAUCGUCCUCAUCUUUGAAGCGCCAAAGGAUUUCGAAUUCAAAAUCAGGCCGGGCGAGAAGAUCCGAAUGGGUCAGCCACUUCACGUCACCGGUUCCAGCGUGAAACAAGAAGCUGCUGCACACUAGCAAAAUCAAUCUAAUCAAAUUAGACAAAAGAAGAUUGAAAUGAGGAAGAAAGCCUAUACAUAUUUUUGACAGUUACGUGCUGAUUGUUUAGCGAAAGAAACGUUAUGUGGCUCUUUCUCUUGGCUUCAGUGAUUCACUUUGUCUUUACGUGUUUACCCAUUUGUCGUGUGAUGAACGGCAUCAACGCCAAAGGAGUCAAAUCUACCACUAUGUGGCCUGUCUGUUAAACUUUUGUCUUCCACAGCGCAAAAGAGAGAAAAAAAAAACUAAUCUGAAACUAAAAGAAACUAGCCCUUCAAUUUGGUCGCCCAUGUUCCUUAUUGUGUUUUGUGAUUUCAUAUCAAAGAGAAACGAGGCCAAAUAUAAAGGGCUGCUAUUCUGGAAA